GGGGCAAGAGGUGCAAGCAAGGGAAGUAGAAUUGAAGAAGUCGGAAGCUUUGUCUUUGGGCCAGAUUUGAGAACUGAGUGUCAUUUUGAAUUACCUUGCUAAUUAUCUGGUUCUUAGUGUCACUUUUGUGCAAUAGUGUAGCACCCUUUCACGCAAUCAUUAGUUAAUCAUUUAAUAAUUUUUUAGCUUGGUUUUUGGAGCUCCAUUUUAUUCAGGUUCAAGGAAAUAAAGUUGUGUGUUUCAUGUUCAGUCUAGAACGAUAGGUUCAGUCUACAUAUGCUGUUCUAUGUUCAUAUUCUGCUGUUGUUCCUUUCAGCACCAAGGACCCAAGGUCAGCAGCCAUUCAGUUUCAACAUUGGUCUGGGUUCAGUGAUCAAAGGAUGGGAUGAGGGAGUUAUGACCAUGCAAGUGGGUGAAGUUGCUCGUAUCCAGGGCACCCUGGACUAUGCUUAUGGAGCCAGCGGAUUUCCAACCUGGGGAAUUCAACCAAACUUGGUGCUGGUGUUCGAGAUUGAGGUCCUCAGUGCCCAGUAAUUCGCGUUGCAAUUCUGGAUGGAGCCUUGCCUCUUAAGUACUGAAAUAAAUCCAUUGUCACCUCAUGCUACGUACAGCAGACUGGUGUUCAUAGUAACCUAUUUCCUAAAGGAGAGCCCUCUCGAUUUAAUAUUAAAUUGGGAGCCCUUCUAAUUACUUCCAUAUGCACCUAGGAGAAAGUAACCACUGUGAUACAUAAGGCCUCCCUUUCGCAAUUCCCUCCUGAUUUUGUCCUUUCACUUCCAGUUUGUCUUGGAUUUUUAAUUUCCAGCUGCCCGGCAUUGUAGUGCCAUGAUUGGAGAUAUGUUCUGAGAUUAUGAACAUCAUCAUCCUGGGUGAUAGUGUCUGCAAUAGUUAAAUUGGAUGAUUGGAGAUGAUCAGGAUUAAUUAUGAAAUUUAACUCAGGAGCAUUAUGCUUUCUGUGAGCAUUGCAAGGAAGCGUCUGGACAUCAUGGAAAGCAUAGAGGGGUGACAUUCUACUUGGAAUAAUGUUCUUUUCUACAAAUUUUUUUGUUUCGAUGCAUUGAAAUCGUUUCUUUCCCUAUUGAAUGGUUGGGCUAAAAAGAGUGUUUGCACUCUACAUUGAGAUAUACCGUGGAAAGAUGAUCUCAAUCAUGUAAUAUGUGAUUAUUUGAACUGAGAGCUUGGAAGUAUUGAUAAGAUUGUACACUGACAAGCUAUUAGUGUUGGUAUUUUUGGUGUGCAAAAUUCAUUGAGUUGACUUGA